CCUAUGGGAUCAACAGCAUCCUGUACCAGCGGGGCAUCUACCCCCCCGAGACCUUCACCCGCGUCCAGAAGUAUGGGCUCACCCUCCUGGUCACCACCGACCCCGAGCUGAAGAACUACCUCAACAACGUGGUGGAGCAGAUGAAAGAGUGGCUGCAGGGGCACAGGUGCAUUGUGCAGCGCCUGGUGGUGGUCAUCUCCAGUAUUGAGAACAACGAGGUCCUGGAGCGGUGGCAGUUUGAUAUAGAGUGUGACAAAACUGCAAAGAAUGAGAGUGCACCCCGAGAAAAAUCUCAGAAAGCUAUUCAGGAUGAAAUUCGAUCUGUUAUCAGACAAAUAACUGCCACAGUAACUUUUCUGCCACUGUUGGAAACUGCCUGUGCUUUCGACUUGUUGAUAUACACAGAUAAAGAUUUGGCAGUGCCAGAAAACUGGGAAGAGUCAGGACCACAAUUCAUAGCCAAUUCAGAAGAGGUUCGUCUUCGUUCCUUCACUACUACAAUCCACAAAGUAAAUAGCGCCGUGGCUUACAAAAAGGAUUCCUUUCCCUAAGACAUGGGGGCUUUUUUGUAUAUAUCCCCAUCACCUUGUAUAGUUGCUGUUCA